AGGUGUGACGUCUGUAAAUGCGAAGAAAACACAGCAGAAAACAUUCAUUUUUAGUUUAAGCUAAACUAAUGUAUUUCGAGCUAAAGCUAAGCUAAAAAUAAAUUCUGCGCUCAGUUUCGUUUUCAUUUUACCUGCGGUGAGCCAGCUGAUUAGCCCCGCCCCCUGCUCUUCAGAAACGUGCAUAAGUUUUGUUUCUCUUCUUUCUGCUAGGUUUCGUUUCCGUCAGCUGAGCAACAUAUUAAACAUCAGCUGUUGUCCUGGUGCGGCUCACAGGCGAGAUGUUUUCUUGGGGAGAAGACUGUCAGCGAGGCUUCUGCCUCAAAGGAGACCCCAUCACAGAAGAAGGAGUUCAUUAUUUAAAUUUUGGUCAUAAUGUCACGGAUCUAUCAGCAGGUCGCAGCGUGCUGGCUUUCCUUAAAUGUAACGGGAAUGCAUUCAUUUUGCGCACUAAUGAGAGCAAAGACGGAAACAGAGUAAGAGGAAAACAGAAGUUUGUGAAGUGUAAGGAGAAGAUUGAGGCAGUGAGUUGUGAAGAUGACGUCGUGAUGCUGCUGUCUGAGAAAGGCUCUGUUUUCUGUGUGGACACCACCCACACCCCGUACACACCCAGGACAUUGGACUCUUUUUCUAGCAUACCAGUUGUACAGGUUGCGUGUGGAAGCCAGCAUUCAGUUGCUCUGACAAAAGAGGGUCAGGUGUACACCUGGGGCCUGGACUCCAGGGGUCAGCUCGGACUGGGGAAGAGAAGUUCAGGAGCGAGAUCACCUCAGCAAGUCCGAUCCUUGUUGUCCGUCCCCGUGGUUCAGAUCUCUGCAGGAGGAGACCAGAGCUUCGCCCUCUCUGUGUCCGGAGGCGUGUUCGGCUGGGGCAGAAACGACUGUGGACAGCUCGGACUGGGAGACACAAAAGACAUGUAUACACCAGCUUGUGUUCGUAGUUUGAACCUGAAGAAAACAGGCGACAUUUGCUGCGGAAAGGACCACACCGUCGUUUUGACGAAGCAUGGGGCAGUGUUCACAUUCGGUUCUGGUCGAUAUGGGCAACUUGGACACAACUCCUUGCGAAAUGAACUCCGGCCUCGACUUGUUGCUGAACUUUGGGGGGCAAAAGUUAUCAAGAUUGCAUGCGGGAGGUAUCACACAUUAGUUUUGACACACAGCCAAAAAGUCUACUCCUUUGGUUGUGAAACUCAAGGUCAGCUGGGAAACAGAGAAGAAAGCAAUCCAUCUGUGCCGCUACCUGUUCGUCUACCUCCAGUUCAUUCCAGAAUUGGAACUGUCUUUGCUGGAGAAAACUGUUCAUUUGCAGCCUGCUCUUCUGAUGAGGAUGUUAGCAUAAAUUCAGACACUAGCACAGUCAGCAAAGCAACUCAGCAUGGUUUAGAAGAUUUAGUUGAUAACUGGACGUCUAAAUGUGAUGAAAAGUCAUGGAAAAAGAUUAAGCAGGAAAUCCACAGGACAUUUUCAUCUGCAUCCUGUUUGAACAAAAGCUUCCUUGAAGAAGGAAAAAAUAAACAUUUCCAAACCUCAUCAAAGUACCACGGUCUGAACCUGAAACUGGCUCGACGACAUUUUAAGAAACUGGUAAAAACAGAAGAUGUCUGGAUAGAGGUUGAAGCAUCAGUUCUGCGUUUGCUCCCUCUCUUUGAUAAGAACCCAGUAGGAGUGGAGAGUCUGAGGAUCUUUCUGCUCCUCAAUGAGCUCCUUCAUGUCGUCCAGAAGCACAGAAAGCAGCAGCAGCGCAGCAAGUUAGCUGAGAUGGUCGCUACUGCUGUAACAAGUCUGUCAAGGGAAAGCCUCAAGGUUUUAGGUGAGUGGUGGUCCUCGCUGUCGUCAUCCACCAUGGAGAGAUUUGUCAGCGUGUGGAGGAAAGCUCUCUGUGUGAUCUUGUCCGAUGAGGGUGCUCCUCGCAGUGACGGUGUCAGGAACCUGCUUCAAGUUCUUCAGUAUAUGUACAAUGUUAACAGCAGGAUGUCUGAGUCUCAAAGGCUGCCAGAAAGUGAUUUUUAUGUGAUGAUCGACCAAAAGUUUCUCCUCGGAGAACUGCAAAUCUGGCGUUCAAAAUCAAAACGCAGGUAUGUGCGUGAUGAGCCAGUUGUUCUGUGCAACUUCCCGAUUGUGAUGGAUCUGCAAACAAAGAAACUGGUUUUUGACAUGAAUACUUACCUCACUUGGGUAACCGCUCGCUUAAUGGAGUUUUUUCAGAACUUUGGUGUUUGGUGUUACCCUGACACUCCAUUCGUGGAGCUGGAACUGAGCCGAGCCUCUGUGUUAAGCGACACAUUUGAACAGUUGGCUGCUACUGAUCAGACAAACUACAAGAUGCCACUUAUGGUGUUUUUUGAUGAGAACCAUGAAUUUGAUCAUGUCUACAAGAAAGACUUUUUUCAUGAAGUCUUUCAUGAGUUGAUGUCUACUGAGUCUGACAUGUUCAUGUUCAAUGACUCCAAAACACUGGCGUGGUUCUCCUCUACUAAAGCUUCGCAGGAGGACCAGCGUUUCCACCUGUUUGGGGUUCUGUGUGGACUGGCUUUGUACAACAAGGUGAUCAUUUACUUACCCUUCCCACUGGUGCUGUUCAAAAAGCUGCUUGGAGCGAGGCCAUCACUGGACGAUUUGAAAGAAUUCAGUCCAAGUUAUGGCAAUGGUCUGCAGUCCAUCCUGGACACAGAAGAAGACCCAGAGGAGAUGUAUUUUACAAUCUCAUGGGAUGGAACUGAGAUUGAUCUUGAUCCUGAAAAUCCUGACAAGCAAGUUACCAGCGAAAACAAGAGAGAGUUUGUUGACGCCUUUGUGAACUACGUCUUCAACACAUCAGUGGAGGUUGCGUUUUAUGAGUUCAAACAAGGUUUCUUCCAAGUUUGUGACCGGGAUUUGGUGAAACUUUUUACACCAAAGGAACUACAAGAAAUCCUAGUUGGAAAGGAUUUCUAUGACUGGGAGAAGCUGAAACAGAACACAGUUUAUGAGGGCGAGUACAAUGCCGACCACCCCAUCAUACAGAUGUUUUGGGAAGUUUUCGAUGAACUGACUGAGAAUCAGAAGAACAGCUUUCUGUGGUUCGUCACUGGAUUUGAACGGGUGCCGAUCCUCGGCUUGGACAAGAUAAAGAUGAAUAUCAAAGUUAAACCCUUGCAGGAUGACCAGUAUUAUCCUGCGACCCAGACGUGUUUCUCGACCCUGGAACUGCCGCUGUAUUCAACCAAAGGCAUCAUGCAAGCCAAGCUGAUCGAAGCUCUUAGCAACAAAAGGAUCAGUCAGUACGUUUGAUUCAGGAUGAAUCCCUGACUGGGUCUUUACUCACUGGCACAGCACUUCCCUAACGAUGAAAACUGUGUGUAUGUAAAGAAAAACAGGUUUUAAACUAAAACAGUUUUAAUCAAAACAUGC